UUUUUUAAAUGUUGAUUGUUGACCCAUUCUGCCUGUGUUUGGGUGUGUGUGUGUAUUAUAUAUUAUAUGUGAUAUAAUAGAUAUUAUAUUAUAUGUAGUCUAUCAGUUUAUUCCAUUGUUGUGGUCAUGUCCUUGUAAAGGAUUCAGCUGGAGUUUUUUUUUUUUAUCCAGUGUGUGCAGCAGGCAUAAAUUUAAUUCUUGCAGCUGUUGUAAAUGGCAAUUAAGGUUUGUUGUAUGUAACUAUGCCAGUCUUGGAUUUGGUUCAUUGGUUGUCUAGUCCCUUUGCAUGAGAUUUGGGACAAAUUUGCAUGGUAUUAAGUUCAGGGGUAUGGGAGGAGCUUAGGAAGAUCAAGGACCCCUUGUUGCAGCAACUGGUGCUGAAGCUGAAAGAUACCAUCAUGCACUCAAGAGCAGACAGUACUAUCGAGAAAUAUACCAGGGCUUUUCUUAGGUGGGUGCAGUGGGCUGAGUCUAGAGAUAGUUUUGGAAAGCUCCCAGUUAAUCCGCUUCACUUUGCACUGUAUUUACAGCACCUUGGAUCUCUGACGCAAUCUAGGUCAGCGGUGGAGGAAGCUACCAAUGCUGUUUCCUGGUUUAGCCAAACUGCUGGAUAUACCUCGAUUUCUCAGGAUCCUUUCGUGAAGAUGGCUCUGGCUGGUCUGCAAAGGAGUCUCUCUAAGCCUAGGAGGAAGAAGGAGCCAGUGUCGCCGGUCAUGUUAAAGGAGAUGGUAGAUUCGCUUGACCAGGAUCCAUCCUUAUCUGAUGUGAGAGCAGUGGCAAUAGCAUUUAUUGCAUUUUACGGGUUUUUACGCUUUGAUGAGGUGGUAAAGCUAAGAUGCUGUGAUGUAAGGUUUUUGUCAGACCACAUGGUGAUCAAAAUUGUAUCGAGCAAGACGGAUCAAUAUCGACAAGGGGAUGAAGUGGUCAUUGCACGUUCUGGGUCCUCAUUGUGUCCUGUCGGACGGUUGGAGCUAUAUUGCCGCAUGGCACGGGUUGAUUCGCAAAGUGCAGAGUGCUUAUUUAGAGGUAUUGUGAAGUCAAAAAAUGGUGAGAGAUUACGUUCCUUGGGGUCGCUCUCUUAUUCGAGGAUUAGAGAGAUUUUAAUGGGAAAGAUUAAAGCACUGGGAUACGAUCCUGCGGACUAUGGGACACACAGUUUUCGGUCUGGAGGAGCUUCGUUAGCGGCUAAUAGGGGAGUGCCUGAUAGAUUAUUUAAAAAGCAUGGUCGCUGGAAGUCGGAAUCAGCUAAAGACGGUUACAUUAAGGACAGCCUUUCGGCUAGGUUGGAUGUCUCUAGAAAGCUGCUGUUUUAGGUAUGGUCUGAGCUGCUGGCUUACAGUUACUCGCUUUCUUCUUAUAGGAACUCAUGAAGUUUUUUGUGUUAGGCUCUUCUCGAAAGAUUAUUAUUAUUAUUAUUAUUAUUGUAAUUUAGCGAUUAUUAUUAUUAAGCCUUAUUUGCAUUUGUAGGAAUUUUUGGUUUGUGUUUUUCUUUUUAUAUAUAUAUUUUUUUGGGUCACAGGGUUGUGGUCAUGGUUUUUUCCACCGUAUAAUAAAAAAAUAAAAAAUAAAAAUAAAAAGAAAAAUACGGUGGUUCUUUUCCUGGGGGGUGCUUUAGGACCCUAGCCCCCCCGAAUAAUGCACUACUGACCGGGGUCCUCUUCCCUUAGUGGCUCAUCUUAAUCUACUAGUGUGUUGGUACUUUUUGUAUUGAUCUAAAAAAUGUCUUUAAGGCCUGCACUGGCCCCUGACCUCAA